AUGUCAUUAAGAUACUCGACUAGGGCAGCUAUUCUGAGGAGCAUUGUGCACCGCCACGUGGGUGCGCGGUUGCAGUCUACUGUUGGUGCUGUCCCCGAGGCAGAUGAGCCUGCUCCGCAGAGCCAGGACCAGCAUCUAACUUCCCCUCAGAUGAGGGGGCUUAUGCAUGAACUAGCCAACUACCCCGUGGAGGACUUUGAGCAGCUGACGAAGGUGAGCAGGCCUUUGACGACCAAAGAAAAGCAACUGGAUGAGCGGCUGGAAGACUUUCUGCGCCGGUUUGGUGUGGAGAACCAGGUGCUGAAGCCGCUAGAGGAGAACAAGAGCGUUGCGGCAACGCCGUUCACGCUCGCUGGGGGGUACAGCCGGUACCCGUACCUAGCACAGACGUCGGCCGACGAGCCGUACUCAAAACAGGAGCUGUUUGUGCGGCAGAUGGAGCACGCCAGCCACACGGCCAAGCUAGGCGCUGAGAUCAAAGAGGUCUACUUCCCGCACACCGAUAUUAGCAACCCGCCCGCGAUAGAAAAACUUUCGAUCAGCAAGCUGGCCGCCGCAGGUGUGCAUCUGGGGCAGUCGACGUCGUUGUGGCGCUCCUCCACUCAACCAUACAUCUACGGCUCUUACAAGGGCAUCCACAUCAUUGAUCUAAACCAGACGCUGUUUCACCUGAAGAGAGCUGCGAAGGUCGUUGAGGGUGUUGCGGAGAAUGGUGGCCUGAUCUUGUUUUUGGGUACCAGAGAAGGGCAGAAACCAGCUUUACGGCGGGCUGCAGAGAGGGUGCGUGGCUGUUAUGUCGCCUCGAAAUGGAUACCGGGGACCUUGACAAACCCAAUUGAAAUAUCCAGUGUCUGGGGCAGGCAUGAAGUUGACUUCGAGGGCAAUCCAACUGGCAGGGAAUUGACAGAAGAAGAGAACAUCAGCAUCAUAAAGCCGGACUUAAUUAUUGUUUUGAACCCAACAGAAAACAGGAACGCGUUGAGAGAGGCUAUGCAGGCUAGAGUGCCAACUAUUGGGAUCAUUGACACCGACUCAGAGCCUUCAAUGGUCACAUACCCGGUCCCUGGUAACGACGAUUCGCUACGUUCUGUAAGUUUACUUGUAAGCAUCCUGGCUAAGGCCGGUGAGCGUGGUCUGGCGAACCGCAAGGAAAAGCUGGCAGCACUAUCGGAGUGA